AUGGUCUUCAAUGAUCACGAGGUUUUUAGGCAUUUUGAUCCCAAAUUCUGGGUUUGUGUUUCUGAUGAAUUUGAUACUAAGUUGAUCAUCAAAGCCAUCAUAGGAGCAAAUAAUGAAACUUCAUUGAAUAUAUUGAAGGACUCGAUUCAAGAUAAAUUAAAAGGGAGAAGAUAUUUGGUUGUAUUGGAUGAUGUUUGGAAUGAAGAUGAAGAGGCAUGGGCUCUGUUGAGAUCUAUAUUAGACUGUGGAGCAAAUGGCGCGUUCGUCCUUACCACGACAUGUAAAAUAAAUGUGGCAAGGAUCAUGAAAACGAUUCGACCUUUUGAGUUAUUGUCACUCUCUGAUAAGGAAUGUUGGUUACUAUUCGAACAUCGUGCAUUUAUGCAUGAAACACCAAAAACUACAAACUUGAUUGAUAUUGGAAAAGAAAUAGCUAGAAAAUGUAAGGGUGUUCCAUUAGUUGCCAAGACAUUGGGAAGUCAAUUAGGAUUCAAUGGUGACGAAAAAGAAUGGUGCAGAAUAAGAGAUAGUGACAUAUGUGAGUUUUCAAAAAAUGAAAAUUCCAUCUUGUCUAUUAUAAGGUUGAGUUACUAUGACCUCCCUUAUGAUUUGAGAAGAUGCUUUGCAUUUUGUGCUAUAUUUCCCAAGGAUACUGUAAUAGAAAAGGAGAGAUUAAUCCAAUUGUGGAUGGCUCAUGAUUUAAUUCCUCCAUAUACAAAUCAAGAAGUUGAAGAUGCUGGGAAUAGAAUUUGGAAGGAGUUGUGUUGGAGAUCCUUUUUUCAAGAUGAGAAAGAGAACAAAGGUAGAAAUGAUACAGUUUAUACAACAUGUAUGAUGCACGAUCUUUCGCAAUCUGUUAUGAAAGAUGAAUGCUAUAUGAUGAAUGCUAAGAGGUCAAGCAAUGAUUUAGGACGUGAAAUUCGUCAUGUAACAGUAAUGGAGGAUCAAUUAGACCAAACAUCAGUCAAAACAUUCGUUUGUUCUCUUAAAGAAAUUGGAGGGUUGCAGUCAAUAAUGUUCGGUGGCCGAAAUAUUAAUUAUGGAAAAGUCUCACGGGAGAUCAAGAUUGUGAGUGUCUUGAAGGAACUUCUUCCUUUACGUGUCCUUGAAGUAAGACAACAUGUGCAAUAUCAAGAUUUGAGUUAUGUGAGUCGUCUAAAACAUCUUAGGUACUUAGACAUUUCUUAUAGUAUGAUAACAACACUACCUAAUAGUAUUUGUGAACUCUUCAACUUACAGACUCUGAAACUCAAUGAUUGUUAUAAGCUUAAAAGUUUGCCUAGAAAUAUGAGGAAUCUUAUUAGCCUGAGGCAUCUUUAUUUGGAGGGUUGUCAUCGAUUAAAAUAUAUGCCUAGAGGGAUGGGGCAAUUGAAACAUCUCAAAACGUUAAGCUUGUUAGUGAUAGGCAAGAAGGAGAGAGAUUGUCAACUAGAUGAAAUAAGAGAAUUGAAUAUCCGCGGAUCAUUGAAAAUUAAGAACCUUGGAAGAGUUAGUGAUGCAUCUAUUGCAGGAGGGAUAAGUAUGGCUAAAAAGACGAGUAUCAAUUACUUGUUCUUGGAAUGGACAUCUGAUUAUGAUGAAGAUGAAGAAGAAGAUGAUGAUAAUCGGAUCAAGAGUACUAGACAUGAGAAAAUAGGUGAAGCUUUGGAGGUUUCGACUGAGGGGCUGAAAAUAUUGAGAAUGAGUGGUUACAAAGGUGUGAAUCCCCCUAAAUGGGUGGGAAAAUCAUCUCCUUCUAUUGGUAGUAGCAGCAGCGAUGAUAGUGAAAUGAUGAUAGUACUAUUCCCUUUAUUAGAGGAACUAAGUAUUCAUUUCAGGAUGAAUUUGAGGGAAUUGGUGUCUCCUACUAUUCCUAGUACUGGAGCAUUCCCUAAUCUAUGCAAGUUGGAGAUAUAUUAUUGUCCAAAGCUAGGGAGUUUGCCGCCACAUCUCAAAUCACUCAAAGUUCACGGAGAAUGUUCGGAUGAGUUGUUUUAUAGCAUCUCAAAUCUUAGUGCUCUCACUCAUCUCUCUUUUUAUGGCAUGGAUAAAAGAAGUGUUUUAUUUGGAGCAGGUUAUAUGGCAUCGUCAAGUCAAAUCCUUGGGGACAAUAAUAGUAAAGCACAAUUAGGAGGAGUACGCUCAACUUUCCAAUCACUUCAAUCUUUGAUAGUACUAUUCCCUUUGCUAGAGAAAUUGGAUAUUUCUGACAUGAAGAAUUUGAGGGAAUUGGUGUCUCCUACUACUACUAUUCCUAGUACCGGAGCAUUCCCUAAUCUAUGCUCGCUGAGGAGGAUAGAUAAUUGCCCAAAGCUAGGGGCCUUGCCAGUACCGCAUCUGAAAGCACUCAAACGUGUAAUUGUUUGGAGUGAAUGUUCGGAUGAGUUGUUAUAUAGCAUCUCAAAUCUUAGUGCUCUCACUCGUCUCUAUCUUGAUGGAUUGAAUGAAAGAAGUGUUUUAUUUGGAGUUGGUUAUAUGGCAUUAAUGUUUGAUGAUGAUGAGAUACAAUUAGGAAGAGGAGUACGCACAACUUUCCAAUCUCUUCAAUCUCUGUCUAUUUGGAGGUGCAAGAAGUUAAGGCGUUUGUUUGAUUCGGGAAUGAUAAUGGAAGAAGAGAGUACUAAUGGUUGCGAGAACCAACAAAAGCAUCAUCAUCAUCUCCAAGCUGGACAAACAGAAAGAGCAAGAGGUCUCAUGAACUCUCUCACGGAUUUGUAUAUUUAUGAUUGUCCGGAGUUGAUGAUAUCAGUUGAGGAAUUUGGACACCUCAAUUCACUACAUUGUUUGUCCUAA